GAGGCACAUAUCACUGGCUAGAACUUCAUUCCACGUACAGCUAUCAUCCCCACAAUAAUAGCACACCCUAUAAACCGCCGAGAGACCAUGAAAAAAUAAACUAUUUUCAUCCUUGAAACUUUAUAAUAUAUACGUGCUUCAACAUUAACUCAAUCUCAUUUGGGCAUGCUGAAUUAAGGAGAUUUCAAGAAGAAAGCUUUCCAAACUUUGACAUGGCUAUACAGGCACAGUUUUAUUGUUCAAGUAACAACAAUGAUGUAUCUCCUUUUUGCAACAAUGGUUAUUAUUGUGAUGAUGGACUUUUUGAUUCUUCGUCAUCGUGUUUUAAUCUUCAACAACAACAUCAUCAGAAAGAACAAUUACAAUUGCAACAAGGUUUGCAGCAGUCAUACAAUGAAGACCAAAUGGUUGGUUAUGAUGAUUUUACUAAUCUCUUUUAUUAUGAUCCAAAACUCAACAACAAUCAUCCAACACCAUCAAAAACUCCACCUACUUUUGCUGCUCAAGAUGAUAUACAGAGAGACCAGGUUGAUCAUUACAUCAGAUUAGAGAAUGCAAAGUUGAGAUUUAUGUUACAAGAGCAAGAUAAACAACAAGUGGCAUCAUUAUUGAAGAAGUUUGAAUCUCGAUCACUCUCUAUGCUGAUGGAGAAAGAUGAAGAGAUAGCACAGGUUUCAAUGAAAAGGAUAGAAUUGGAAAAUUAUUUAAGAAGACUAGAGGCAGAAAACCAAGCAUGGCAAAAAGCAGCACAAGAAAACGAAGCAAUGGCAUUGUCUUUGCACAAAACAUUAGAAGAGAUGAAAGAAAAAAUGGUAGUGGGAACAAAGGACGAAGAAUCAUGUUGUGAUGAAGCACACUUUGAAGAAGAACAUGAUAAUCUUAAUGAUAAUAUCAUGAUGUUAUGUAAAAGUUGUCAUUCUAGGAUUUCGUGUUAUUUAUUUCUUCCAUGCAGGCACCUUUCUUCAUGCAAAGAAUGCGAGACAUUUCUUGAAGCUUGUCCUGUUUGUGGAAUGCAAAAGAAAGGUAGUAUAGAGACUUUGAUUUUCUAAUAGGCUUUAAAUUUGACUAUUCAUGUUUAUUUUUUAUUAACUAGUAAAUAUUAGGGUCCAUGAUGUUUACAAGCAA